AUGGCAAUGUUGCGAUUUCGUACCGAAGGACACAAUGGGUAUUCGUUACAAUUCAGUCCAUUCAUUGAUAAUAAAAUAUCAUGUGCAACAGCGGCAAAUUUUGGAUUAGUAGGAAACGGAAGAUUAUACAUUUUAAAUACCGGUGUUGGCCCUAAUGGUGUGGAGAUUGAACGAAU